AUGGGACUAUCAGGGUUAAAAUCUGCAUUAUAUCCUGAUGAUCAGGCCGCUGAAGAAGAAAAUGAGGUAUGUUUCUUGCCGUCCGGACCCAAUCAAUCACCUAUAACAGAAGCAGACUUAACUGCAUCCAAAACAACGUCUUCCCUUUCUUCUAUCCUUGGUACCUUAGCAACUACGACAAUUCCUAUCCUUCUAUAUAAGAAGCAUAAGCACUCUGGGAACAACAGAGAAAAAAGGUCCCUUAGAAGAGAAUCUUAUGUGUUCGAUGAUGACGACGACGACUCUUCUACAUUAUAUUCAAUAACAAAGUUAACAGCCAUAUCAACCAUUUCGUCAGAAUAUUCCAUUCCAUAUACAUCAUCCACAUGA